CAGUGUCUGAUCUGUACAUAAAUACAGUUAUUGUAAUUUAAAGAACCUUGCGCCGUAAUACGUCUUCUAUUAAAAGAAAACGUACUAAAUGUUUGAAUGUAUAUACAUACGGUUACAAGCUUUCGUCAAAGAAUAGAUUCAAUUUCUUCCUUGUAAAAAAGAAAGAAAAAUUAUUGAUACAUAAAGUGAAUUAAUAGCAUUUGCUAAAAUCAAUUAACCUUCGCAUCCAGAGGUGCGUACUGUAAAACGUCUGAUAUAUUUAAAUAAAUCGUGUAUAAGAAAGAUCAAUUAUGUAACAUUAUUCUUUCUUGGAGAAAUUUGAAAGGAAUAAAAGAUCAAAAGUUAUGAUUGCGUGAUGAUUGUGUUAAAAUAUACUAUACUAUGAAGAUUAUAUUUAUUUUCAUCACUUUGAUAUCUUAUGUAUUAGCUCAUAAAGACAAGUUUUCUCAUUAUAUAAUUGAUGAAGUUCCAGGAGGUUCAUAUAAGUAUUAUAGUUUAACGUAUGAUGGUUUUAUCAGAAUAACAUUAAUAUCAGAAACUGGUGACGCAGAUUUAUAUGCUUCCCAAACAACAACAAAACCAACUUAUGAGCCAGAUCAGUAUUGUCUUCAAUCUGCAACAUGUGGAGAAGAUACCAUUCUUAUUCCUGAUAGUUUUAGAAGACCAGUUAGUAUAGGUGUUUAUGGACAUCCAUCACAUGAAAUUAGUAAAUAUAUUCUCCUAGUUUAUGAGACAACAGAUAUAGAAGACAUAUCAUAUGAAAGAAACUCUAAAAGAAACACUAAUGAGGAACAACAAUCAUCAAUUUCAACAUCCAAUACAUGGUAUUUCUUAGAUUUGCUUUUUCAACUCUUGUUUUGAUGUGUGUUGUAAUCUAGUGGA